AUGGCGCCGCCGCCCGAGGAGGAGCGGGGCGGCGGUGGCUGCUGCGCGAGGUGGCUUCGGCGGGAGGUGCUGCUGGCCCUCGCGCUGGGGCAGCUCAUCUCGCUGCUCAUCACCUCCACCGGCUUCUCCUCCUCCGAGCUCGCGCGCCGAGGUAUCAAUGCACCAACGUCGCAGUCCCUCUUGAACUACAUCCUUCUUGCUCUUGUCUACGGUGGAAUACUCCUCUACCGGAGACAGCCACUCACGGAUACAAGUUUGGUAUGUCUUAUCCCAAUAGUCUGGACUCUGGACCUAUGGUCGCAACCUUUAUCACUAUAUACAAAAUGGUACUACUACUUGAUCCUCGGCAUUAUUGAUGUGGAGGCUAACUAUAUCGUUGUCAAAUCUUAUCAGUACACAUCUUUGACGAGUGUGAUGCUGCUGGAUUGUUGGUCAAUUCCAUGUGUAAUUGUUCUUACUUGGAUCUUUUUGAAGACCAAAUAUGGAUUCAGGAAGUUCUUUGGUGUUGGAGUUUGUGUGGCUGGCCUUAUAUUAGUAGUAUUUUCGGACGUCCAUGCCUCUGAUCGAGCUAAAGGGCCCAAACCUUUGAAGGGUGAUUUACUUGUAAUUGUUGGCUCCAUGCUUUAUGCUUGCAGUAAUGUUACCGAGGAAUAUCUGGUCAAGAAGAACAACCGAAUUGAGUUGAUGGCCAUGUUGGGAAUUUUUGGAGCAGUUAUCAGUGGCAUACAAAUAAGUAUUCUUGAGCGAGAAGAACUUCAUUCGAUCAAAUGGAAUGCCGGCGCGGUGUUCCCUUUUAUCGGAUUCGCAUUGGCAAUGUUCCUGUUUUACUCGACUGUACCUACGGUGCUGAAGAUUUGCGGGGCAACCAUGCUAAACCUCUCACUCCUGACCUCAGACAUGUGGGCUGUCCUGAUCCGCAUCUUCGCCUACCAUGAGAAGGUUGACUGGAUGUACUUCGUUGCGUUUGCCUGCGCGGCCGGGGGCCUUCUGGUCUACUCGUACAGGAGCUCCAAGGAGGCUGAUGACACGGCGCAGGUCACGGGGGCCAGCGACGAGCAGAGUAGGGUAGGGGAUGAGGAGUCUGGAAUUCAGAACCAGGUGCGAAGUUCCUUUGCUGGCGGCAAUGAUAACCAGGCCUCCUACAAGGAGCUGCCAUCAAAUGGCAGCCCCUCCAAGAACUAG